AGCAGUGGGAGGGGUCGCGGCCCGGCCUCCCCUCCGCCCUUUCCCGCGGAAGCUCAGUGGACCCUGGUCAGGAUGUCGGACGUCAGGGUCCCCGGCCUCGGGCUCAUCGUGCUGCUCGGCCUGCUGUCCGGCCUGCUCUGGACGAGCGCCCGGGAGACUUCGCCCAGGUGUGCUCAGUUUCCACCCUGCUCCAAAGGACUCAAAUGCUGUGACGACAGAUGCUGCCGGGAAGAUGAUUUGUUCAGCGGCCCCUUGAGCGAGGUCGUUCUGAAGCCCGCCCUGUUUCUGCCUCCCACGGAGCCCCCGCCUCCCUACAGCCUCAACCCUGAAGACCACGCUGGCACACAGAGGGCCAUCGACAACCCGGCCUCUGGCCUGCCGCCUCCCCGGUGACUCCCGGAGCAAGCCAGGGACGGCUGGGACUCCCGGACUGCCCGGUGACACCUGCCGUGGCUCCUCCCUCCUGGAUUUAACUUAUUUCUCUUCCUACUCCUGUUCCUCCCAGCCCCACCCACCCCCCUUGCCCUGGUCGGGACUGAAGCCACUGUCUGUUCUUCCUCCAAGUCGAAGGCUCCUGAGGAAAAGGUCUGGCUGCUGACGAUGCCUGUACUGGUAUGGGCUACUCGGUGGAGGAGAGAGUGGCCCGUCACUGGAGGUAUACAAGUCCUGACUGGACAGCCAGCUCUGGGAUAUUCUGCAGGCUUUCUCUACCCACAGAGGACUGACUGGGCAGCUCUAAGCCACCAUCCAACUCUACCUCAAUGGAGAAGACCCCAUUGUAACCCCCAACGCAAGUCCUCACUAAAUCUUCACUGCGGGUUGCUGAGUCUGCCUCUGGCUGUGUGGGAGGUGGGGUGUCACCGUGCCAAAGUCGCCCACCGUGACUGCUGUGAGUGUGUUGGCCACCAGCCCGGGUACCCAGGUUUUGGCUCCCAGGUCCCGUGAGGCCUCUGGGUGCAAACCAGCUAGAAAUGGGCUGGAGCGGUGGUCUUGUGAUAGGGAGCUCAAACAACACACAACUGUCACACUAUGUGUAUUAGUUCCUUUCCUGUCCCCGGGAUAAAGUACCUGACACCUGCAACUUGAAGGAGGAAAGGUUUACUUUACGGUUUCUGUGGGUUCAGUCCACGGUGAGCCACUCCAGGCCAGAAACUGCAUGGCAGAUGGGCCUAGCGAAGGGGAGCUGCUCACCUCAUGGUGUCCAGGAAGCAGAUAGAAGGGAGGAGCCAGGAACAAGAAGGCUGUGUACCCUUCCAGGUCAUAGCACAGCCACCUGCCUCUAACCAGGGCUGGCCUCCUAACAGCAAGUCAGCUAUGAACCUGUCAUCUAUGUGCCACGAUCCAGUCCCCUUCCAGAAUCUCUGCGGAAUUUUGAGAUCACGCCAUCCCAUGGGAAUGUGAGCCGAAGGUCGAUGCUGUCCAACUCUGUCUUCUAGACAAGAACCCAGGAAAGAAAUGUGACCUGCUUGUGGCACAAGGCCCCAGGCUUCAA